CGACUUUGAAAACAAGAGGAGGAGAGAUGUUGUGAAAUACACGCCAGCUAUUGGAUCGUCUGCUUGAUUAUUAUGUAGCAGAAGGACGCUGUCAUGCAUCAUCUCUAUCAACGCUGACUCUGCAAAGCUUUUCUUUAGCCAUCUGCUUUAUUUUGUUUUUUUGUCUCCUGUUGUAGAUCGUCCAGUGAGGAUGCAGGUAAACACAUGAACAAGGGCAGAGAGAUACAGUGAGAAAAAUGCAGCAUUCAUCAAGGCGUCAUCAUUAUACACUGGACAUAACAGUGCAUGGAGAAUGCUGGAGCUGCAUGUGCUGCUGUCAUUGAAUUCAGUCUAAACUGACUUCAAAUACAGCGGCUCAAAUGGCAGGCACUGAAAUAUGAAGAGAGCUUUGACCAGAUGUAAACACAAUCCCAUGCUGCACUGCUCACAGAAUGGACUCAAACGGUGAUGGUAAAGAAGAAUGGACAGAGGAGCAAUGGGAGAAAUGGCUGACCCAUGACAUAGGGUUGGAUGAAUUUGAAGAUGAGGACCUGUCUGAAAUCACAGAAAUGACUGAUGAAUUUGAAUUCAGGGCCAGGCGACACAACUCUGACAUCAAGCAGGACCAUGUGAUUCAAGCACCCAAUAGUGGCUUGGACAAGGUGGAGGCAGGCGCAGUGGGUCAGAUCCAGGCAGAGACACAUCCUUUACAUCUUACUGAUGCUGUCGAUAGGAGCCAAAGAGUGGCUUGUCGAUACGACACCAAAGCAUCUAUGGAUUCUGCCGUUCCUUUCACCAUGGAUACCUACCGUCCAAAAAGACCAACCACUCUCAACUUAUUCCCACAGGUGCCCAGGACUCAGGACACUUUAAACAACAACUCAUUUGCGAAGAAGUACAGCUGGCAGCAGAAAAUCUCUCAGACCUUGCCGCCGCUUAAAACAGGUGAACUGACACCAUCUCGUGAGCACACGUGUCUAAGCGAUGAGGAGAAGCACCAACCAGGCAGCGGUCGGAAAGACUGUGGCACCUCGACUGACAAGCCCAAACACACUCAAGCUCCUGCUCCUUCUGCUGUACUACCUGUCCCAUGUAAAGCCAGAGAUGUACACAGAGAACUGGAUCACUGCGAGAAGAUCCGUUAUCAUACGGACGUCCGACUCGAGCCUACAGAGGAGAUCUAUCUGACACCAAUACAGCGUUGCACAGGGGCUCUGCAGAACGAGAAGGCGCAGGUCACCGCAGUCAGCUCUGACAAUGAAGCCCCCCCUCCAUACCAUGAGCAGGAUCUGCAACCCCCUUCCUAUUUUUCUUGUGUGGACGCUCUGGCCGCUGACAGUAGCGGUGAAGAAGUAACUGGAGCGGAAGAUCUGUGUUAUAGAGACUGCGGCGCUGGCGAGGAUCAUGCCCAUCGCGAGAGCUUGUCGGGAGCGCUGAAAUCUUCCAUGAGCAACUCAGACGCAAGUGGACUUUCGUACGAUUCGGUCAAAUACACACUGGUCGUGGAUGAGCACGAUCAGCUGGAACUCGUCAGUUUAAGAGAGUGUUAUCGCGGUUACAGCGAUGACAGUGAUUCGGCCACCAUCUAUGAUAACUGCGUUUCCUCUCCAUAUGAGUCGGCUCUUGAGAAAGAGUACGAGGAGGAUGAGAAUGAAGACAAAGGAAGAAAACAAAAUGGGAUCAAAGCCUCAAUGUGUCUGUCAGAGGACUCUACCCCUGAGGCCGACAUGCCAUUUUCUCGAAAAUUUGUUAAUGUUUUCAUGAAUGGCUGCUCUCGAUCCUCCAGUACAGAGUCUUUUGGCUUGUUUUCCUGCAUGAUUAAUGGAGAGGAGAGGGACCAGACACACAGAUCCGUCUACAGAUUUGUCCCUCGUCACGACGAUGAGCUGGAGCUGGAGGUCAAUGACCCUCUGCUGGUGGAGGUGCAGGAUGAGGAUUACUGGUAUGAGGGAUACAACAUGAGAACAGGAGAACGGGGGAUCUUUCCUGCCUAUUACGCCACUGAGGUCUUUAAAGAGCAACAAAUUACUUUAAAUGCAAAAAGUACUGAAUGGAUGGAAAAAUAUACAAUGAAAUUUCUUGGCUCGGUUCAAGUACUGAAUCAUAAAGGCAGUGAUGUUCUCUGUGCAGCUAUGCAAAAGAUUGCGAUGAACAGGAGACUGACUGUACAUUACAAUCCACCGUCAUCCUGCAUCCUGGAGAUAAAUGUGAAGGGACUGAAACUCACCGUGCAGGAUGAUUUCGACAUGAGUAGCCAAUACAGUCACUUUUUCCAUUUGAAAAAUGUCUCAUUCUGUGGCUACCAUCCCAGGAACAGGAAGUAUUUUGGCUUUAUUACAAAACAUCCCGCUGAUGAGAGAUUCGCCUGUCACGUGUUUGUGUCUGAGAACUCCACUAAACCCCUUGCAGAGUCUGUGAGGAAAGCAUUCCACUUGUACUACAAAGAGUUUGUGGAGGUCUCGUGUCCAACAGAAGACAUUUACUUGGAAUAAUCUCUGAUUAAAAUGAGCUACACAGCAAUGUAUAAAACAGCUAUGCUAAAUGAAUAUAUGAGAAAUAAUAAUAUGUGUAUAUAAACAAAGACUAAUAUAUCUGACAAAAAGGACCAAACAAGAUAAAGAGACUGACUGACGGUUGUAAGGUGAUGCACACGAUUGUGUGUUGGAAUUCGUCUGACGACGAAAAAUUGUAGGCUACAGUAUAAAAGUCUGAAAUUAUUUUCAUGGAUGUUGAGAAUUUUGAAUGCUUUGGAUGAGUGUUUCCCUGCUAACAGGGAAUGUUCUCAGAACUUUGGCUAACGUUCUGGCAAGGUUCUCUCGAAGUUAUGAACAAACGUUAUUUCAGUAAGUAACAUUUAUAGAAUGUCCGUUCAAAGUUAUCUAGUCUUUAAUAAUGUUCUCAAAAUGGCGAAAUAAAAACAUUAGCUAUACAUUAUGAAACAAUCUUUUCAGAUUGGCCUUCGUCGAACAUUUAUUUGAAAAGGUACUACUGGUGCAGAGAACAUUUAAAAGUAACGUUCCCACGUUUGCAUAAUUGAAUGUUCCCUUAGCGUUAGCAUAACCAAGAAAAAAUGUUUUUAAAACUCAAAAUGUUCCGAAAUAACGUUUUCAUUGCUUAAUGUGAACGUUAGCAAAAGGUUCUUAGAACAUAUUUUUGUUAGUUUGGUUUCAUCCGUUGCUCUGCUCUUUGCUGCUGCGUUGUGGUUCUGUGUUUGCUUCAGGCUAAAUAGAGAAUAUUUUUUCAUAGCACAAAAUACAGACUAUACAUUGAAAAGUAUAACAAACCUUCCAUUUCAGCUGUUUGUGAUGUCUUGAUGUCUGCUGCAUUUUACAGGUAUACCAGCAUUAUUCCUUCCUAAAAUCUGCCUGUAAAGUGGUUCAUAAUUUGAAAUGGCAAAAUAAGGCUCCUUGAGUCCUUAUCCACUUGUUAUCGUCACCAAAUAAAAGGCAUGAACAGUAUGUCAAUUUGAUCAUAUUAACAGAAGUCAUUAACCGUUUUAGAAAAUGUUUUAGGAGUUUCAGUAUUCUUUUUUUUUAUCCAUUCAUACAUUCAAUAAAGAAAAGUUAACAAAAUAAUAAUAAACUACAGUGCCAUGGUUCCUGUUAAAGCUUGAGUGACUGUGAAGGUAAUUGACGUUAAAGAGACGUUUCAGCUUGCCUUCUGUUUGAGGUCCACAUAAGCCCUUAUUUGAAAAAAAACUCCUGAGGUAUUUCUUGUAAAAGCAACACCUUACACUAAUCUGAAAAAAUUAUGUAUGAAUGAUGUGCUCAUUAAAGACUUGUUCAACAA